UGACACAAUCUAUUGGAUGUGGCUAAUGGCUACACAGUAUCAGACUGUAAACACAAAAGCUCUGAUGCUACAAUAUCUCUUUCAAAAAUUAACAAAACCUAAAGGCUGAAUUUUAAAUUUCACUUGCGAAUGGCCUAACGGUGUAGGCUACAAAGUAGCAAUAUUUUAAUUGAAAUCAUUUUCUUUAAAGAGGACAGUUUACUUCAUGCUAGUUUAGCUGCAAGAUCAUGUACCUGUUAUACACUAUAAUAUCCGCACUUGUGUGCUUUUUAAUACUGAAAUGGAUGAAACGGAGAAGGUAUUGCACUGAUCUAAAGAGGUUAGAUGGAAAAACGGUUCUUAUAACAGGUGGGAACUCUGGGAUUGGGAAGGAGACGGCAGUGGCGCUGGCUAUGCGAGGUGCCCGGGUCAUCAUCGCCUGCAGGGAUGAGGAGAAAGCGAGGAAGGCUGUACGAGAGAUAAAGGCCAGGAGCCACAAUAUGAAUGUGCUGCAUAUGGAGGUCGAUCUGGCCAACAUGAGGUCUAUACGAGAGUUCAGCAAAAUCUUCUUACAGAAGGAGAAGCGGCUGGAUAUUCUCAUCAAUAAUGCAGGUAUGCCCGGCGUCCUCGACUGGACCGAUGACAACUUCUCCAUGUGCUUUGGCGUAAAUCACCUCGGCCACUUCUUACUGACAAACCUUCUCCUCCCUCGGCUGAAAGAGAGUUCGCCGAGCAGAGUGAUCAACCUGACCUGCUCCAGCUACAAAUACCAGAAGCUCAACUUCCAAGAUCUCAACUACAACCUGUUCCCCUUCUUCACCUACUGCCGCAGCAAACUGGCCAACAUCUACUUCACCCAGGAGCUCGCUCGCAUGACGGAGGGCAAAGGAGUGACCGCGUAUGCCGUUCAUCCAGGUUAUGUUCAGAGCCGUUGGACCUGCCAUUUCUCAGUUCUAUACCAGAUCCUGGCGCAGGUGGUGAUGUUUAUGUUUUUUGUGUCGUGUGAAGCUGGAGCGCAGACCGUGGUCUAUUGUGCAGUAUCAGACGAGGUGGUUCCACGUAAUGGAGGAUAUUUCACGGACUGUCGGCCCGCUCCUCUGAGAGCCUUUGCUAGAGAUUCCGGAGUCGCAAAAAAGCUCUGGGAGGCCAGCGAGAGGCUGGUUAAACUGGCCUGAAGACGAUGAUAUAUACAGUGUCUUUGUUCCUUGCGUUAUUUAUUGACUACAAUGUUCAUUUUCAGUUUGGAAGAAUGCGAAUAUGACCGAUUGUUUUGACUGUAUGCAUGAUUGUUUUUACAGUGUAAUUUAUUC